UGACGCUCGGCUUACGCUGAAUUGUCUGCGCCGCACGUUCCAUUGAGUGACUGGGAAGUAGCGGCAUCUUUGUGUAGUCAUGUCUCGGGGGUCGAGCGCAGGUUUUGACCGACACAUCACCAUCUUUUCCCCUGAAGGGAGACUCUAUCAAGUGGAAUAUGCAUUUAAAGCCAUUAACCAAGGAGGCCUCACAUCGGUGGCAGUCCGGGGCAAGGAUUGUGCCAUCAUCGUGACACAAAGGAAAGUACUGAUGCAGGACAAGUUGCUGGACAACAACACGGUAACUCAUUUAUUCCAGAUCACGGAGAACAUUGGCUGUGUGAUGACAGGGAUGACAGCGGACAGCAGGUCUCAAGUGCAGAGAGCCCGCUAUGAAGCUGCCAACUGGAAGUACAAGUACAGUUAUGAGAUCCCAGUCGAUAUGCUUUGCAAACGAAUGGCUGACAUCUCCCAAGUGUACACACAAAAUGCAGAAAUGAGGCCACUGGGCUGCUGUAUGAUCCUAAUUGGAGUAGAUGAAGAAAAUGGACCUCAGGUCUACAAGUGUGAUCCUGCUGGAUAUUAUUGUGGCUUCAAAGCUACCACAGCUGGUGUGAAACAGACAGAAGCUACCAGUUUUCUGGAAAAGAAAGUGAAGAAGAAAUUUGAUUGGACGUUUGAGCAAAGCAUUGAGACGGCCAUCUCUUGUCUCUCCACCGUUCUUUCCAUUGAUUUCAAACCGUCUGAGCUUGAGGUUGGUGUAGUGACCCUUCAGGAUCCAAAAUUCAGAAUUCUCACAGAAGCCGAGAUUGAUGUUCACCUGGUAGCAUUAGCAGAGCGUGACUAGAAUACCGGCAGAUCUGACAAGAGACCACAAACCUUUUGCCUGUUGUCCUUCUAUGUAUCAUUUUCUCUGUAUGAAUAAAGAGAUUUUUGAAUAUUG